CGCUACACUCUUGUAUUUCAAGCUGAGCACACACCUGCCAACCAACCAUGUGCUUCCGACGAAAGCGCUAUGGAUGCCUCUGCCUCUACCUCAGCAGAGGCACUUGCACCAAUACCUGCUUCUGCGGAAGCUGAUUCUGAACUUUGGACCGCAGCAAGAACGCGGUUUUUAAUUGACAAAUAUGUUGAACUUAAGGACCUGGUCGGCCAGAAAGGGGGAUUCAGGACAAAAAAGAUGUUGUGGACAAAGUUGGCCAACCUCCUCAACGACGAGUUUGGAGGCACCCUUUCGUUUGUCCAGGUAGAAAACAAGUGGAAAUCACUGGAGCGCAGCUACAAAAGAGCGAAAACAAAAAAUAAUACAUCGGGGCACCACCGUGUACCGUGCGAGUAUGAGGAGGAGCUGGCCAAGGUCUUGGAAAAAGAACACCAUAUAAAACCACCAGCACUCCUCGAGACUGGAGUCUCUGCAGGAAACUCAGAUGUGGCCGCAGAGGACAUGGACUCCUCCAGGGACAUGGACUCCUCCAGGGACAUGGACUCCUCCAGGGACAUGGAGAAGGUUCCAGUCAGCAUGCCCCCCAGGAAGAGGCAGAGGACAUCAAACAAUGUCCUUGCCGAAACGCUGCUGAAAUUGGAUGCAGCCAGAGCGAAGCGCCACGAGGAGCGCAUGGCCAAGUUUGACAUGCUCAUUGAUGUCAUGCGUACAAACAAGCAAUAA